GUCCGGCCCAGUUUUUUAUACGAAGCAAAACACAAAACGAAAUCGUUUAUCGUUCAGAUGAUUUAGUUCGAAUCGAAACUUCAUUGUGAACGCACGUGUUUACUAAGUUUAGUUAUUACAAGUUGCGACAAUGAAAACCAUAUAUGUAUGGGCGGUGCUCGCCCUGUGUGUCUGUGCGUCCGCCAGGACAACGCUGCGCCAGCAAUCCGCACCUAUAUCGCCGCAAAUAACAUCGCUCAAUGAUAAGGACGCCAGGUUAAAGGCCAAAACUCACCCCGCUUUCGCCAACGCAGGUAAGCGGGCGGGAGUGGAAAUGUGGAGAAUUAAUAAUUUCGAGCCUGUCAUUGUGCCCCAAAGUGACUUCGGUAAAUUCUACAAGGGUGACUCUUACAUCAUCUUAAAGACGACAUCCGACAAACGGAACAACCUAUCCUGGGACAUCCACUACUGGAUUGGCAGCGAAUCGUCGCAAGACGAAGCCGGUGCGGCCGCCAUUUUGACUGUGGGCCUCGAUGAUCACUUUGAUGGGAAGGCGGUGCAGCACAGGGAAACUAUGGGGCACGAGAGCCAGCAGUUCGUGGGCUAUUUCUCUUCAGCUCUCAGAUACUUGGACGGUGGCAACGCAUCCGGUUUCAACCACGUCACAACGAACCCUGGUGCUGAAAAGAGGCUGUUCCAAGUUAAAGGAAAGAAAAAUGUUAGAGUGAGACAGGUGGACCCACUUUUCUCUUCCAUGAACAAAGGAGAUUGCUUCAUAUUGGACGUAGACAACGAUAUACUGGUUUUCGUUGGAGACAAUGCGAGAAACGUGGAGAAACUGAAGGCGAUAUCCAUGGCCAACCAGAUCAGAGAUCAAGAUCAUAAUGGAAGAGGGAAAGUUGAAAUUAUCGACAAAUACUCCAGUGAUUUGGAUGUUCAGAAAUUUUUCACUUCCCUCGGUUCUGGCAGCAAGGAUGUACUGCCCGAAGAGAGUGCGGGAGGCGACGAUCAGGCGUUCGAACGAAAUGAGGAGGACUCUGUUACAUUAUCUGAAGUUUCCGACGCGUCUGGGUCAAUCAAGGUUACGCCAUUGAGGAAACCCUACACGCAGGACCAAUUAAAACCUCAGGAAACCUACAUUCUGGAUACAGUCAGUGGCAGCAUCUAUGUGUGGGUUGGGAAGCAAGCAUCCCCGAAGGAAAAAUCCGAAGCGAUGGCUAAGGCACAGCAGUAUUUGACAUCCAAAAACUAUCCUUCCUGGGUGCACGUUGCUCGGAUACCACAGGGAACCGAACCGGCGACUUUCAAGCAAUACUUCGCUACAUGGCGCGAUGUUGGCAUGUCCCACAGUCGGCUCGUACGCUCCAUUGAUUCUUCAUAUCUUCAAAAUCUCGACUCGGAUCCCAAAAGCCAUUUAUAUGAGGUUGAUCUGGACAGUCAAAAUUACAUCACAUUUAAUGAAGUUCCAGAGUACAACCAAGCUGAUUUAUUAAACACAGAAGUAUAUCUUUUACAAACUCCAAAAACUGCAUACAUUUGGUUUGGUAAAGACGCAGAGCUGUCAAAACGUAAAUCACUAACUAAUAUUACAAGAGCAUUUCUAAGAGUUCGUCACAAUUACAAAUUGGAAGACAUUAUGGCCGUUAAGCAAGGUUUAGAACCACCGGCGUUUAUUCAGAUGUUUAGCGAAUGGGAUUCGGAUAUGUGGAUGAAAAUCAACCAAUACGAAGAAGCGCGCGAAUAUGUACUUCGUAAUAAUGAAUUGGACAAUGACAUUUAAUUGAAAUAACUUUUUUAUUAAUAUAUUUAUUAUUUACAAAAUUGUAAUACCAAAGAUAA